UUCUCUUGAGGCGAUAUCAACAGUUGAUAGGGUUAACAUAGUGUUACCAUCUGAUGUAGAAAGUUAUUCUGUAAAAAUAAGUGACAUCCUUCUUAAGUGUGUGGCAAGCUUCCGGUAUUCAUUGGGUAGUAUGUGUUAUAUGGGAGUUGAACCUCCUUUGAUGCAAUGA